AUCGUUGGCUUCGCAAUUAGUGCGGGGAGCGCAUUUUGGUUCAGUUAGUUUCCGCCAGGUGGAGGAAAAAAAAAAAUAAUAAACCAGACCAACUUAACGACUUUACAGACUAUACAAAAAUUCUUCUGACUGACUGGUUGAAGACUUAAACAUUCUAUAAAAUUUUAAAGAGCUUUAAUGAGAUAUGGAGGGAGGCACCCAGUUAGUUGAAACUUUGAAGAAACUUGGUUAUCCAAAGGCUUCUAAACUGAAUGGAGAAGAUUUUGAUUGGUUGUUUGAAGCAGGAGAAGACCGCUGCUUUCUCCACUGGUUCUGCACUAGUCUAAAUAAGCAGCAUUUGCUGAAUGAGGAAGAGGUAAUUGCUUUUGAGAAUCUGAAAAAGUCAGGCAAGACAAUGUUGGAUGAAGAUUCUUUGGCUGAGGUUUUGAAGGCAUAUCAAAACACAGAGUUGAAAAUGGAAUCUGCAGCACAAGAGAAGAUGGAGAUUGAGAAGCUGGAAGAAGAAAUUCAGUCACUGAAAAAGAUGAAAAACCUUAAAGUUCAACGGCGUAACAAACUUCAAGUAAUGGCUACUGUGAGCCGAAGUUCUUCUUUAAAGCUUUGUGCAGAAGAACAAUUAACUACUAAAGAUAUUAAGGAAAAAAUGGAAAUAUUAGGAGCAGAGAAUGCAAAGUUUAACAGAGAGCUGCAAUCGCUUACAGAAACUGUGAAACGACUGACUGAUUUCUUUUCUAAUGUGUCCAAUUCUAGUUCUGAAUCGCUGAAAUACAUGCCUGUCUUCUUAUCUCAUUUAUCCCUUGACAAGUAUCUGCAUCUAGAGGAACAUAAUACUAAAGCUCUUGUCUCCUAUGCAAAAAAACAGUUCUUUGAAGGAAUCUCUGAUUUAGUGGAGAGUUCAAAUGAAGAGAACUUUCAGUUGUUAGACGUAAGCAGGAAUCCACUCUGUGGAGAAGGUAACCAAGUACAAGAGGAACGUCGAAAAGAGAUGGCACGGCUGCAGUUUGCCUACAUAGUUGCUCAACACCAGUUAGUUGAAAAGAAUGCAGAAGAACAAAGCAUCCUGGCAGGACUUAACUGGAUUAAAGAGAAUUUUGUCUUCUCUCCUAGAGCAAUGACAAGUGGUGAUGACUAUGAGUUCAAGGUAAAAUUUGGGCGAUUAAAGAAGGAACUUCAGAGUACUGAAGAACAGGUGGAAUCCCUUCGCAGAGAAAAGCUGUCAGCCACGUUGAGAGAGAAUGCUCAGUUCCUUAACGUUCCAGUGGUAAAGGGAGAUUUUGACCUGCAGAUUGCUCGUCAGGACUACUAUAUGUCCGGACAGGAUGAAGUUUGCACUCAGCUUCUGGAGCAGAAAGCCUCGUUUGAGUUGUUACAACUUGCCUAUGAGAUGGAAUUAAGAAAAUACAGACAGUUUCACAAACAGCUUGAAGAAAUGGUUUUAGACCUUGAGAGGAGCAGAAGUGAAUUAGCAAGGAGAUUAGAAACAUUCUCUGACCCUGCAUUGUCCAAACCUGCCAAGCAACGUAGCAUUAUUGAUUCAAAGGACUUUACAUUUCAUAGACUGUAUCAGAUGCUAGUCGAGAACACAGAUGGAAAGGAACAGCUUUUCAGAACACAUGAAUGUCUGGAUCAAGCAGCUCAAAAGUUGCAACAGGAUAUCCUUUCACUUACGGAUCAUGUAGCUGCUUCUAACCAGGAACAGUCCUUAUUAUUGUCCAAAAUGGAGUCUGAUUUGGAUGUCCUCCGUAAUACUAAUUACUGUGGGCUAAAGCAGAUUGUGCUUACUCCACAGGUAUGUUUAACAAAACAGGAUCACUUUAUCAACUCACAGGAACUAGGGGAGACCAUAAUUAAUCUGGAUUCUCAGCUCACCAUUCUGAAUCAGCUGAUGUUGGAAAUUAUUAAAGAUGUUAAAGCAAAGAAUACCAUAUUAGAACACAACAAGUUACUGCAGAUGGAAAGAGAGCUUUAUGUUUAUUUUUUUCAAGAUGAAAAUUACUUAAAAAGCAUUUUUGAAGAGUUGGAGAACAAGGUCAGAUCUUUAGCCACUGGACAUGAAAAGUGAAAUACCGACAUCUUAUGACUUGAUGUAAAUGCAGUCAUGGUUCUGGAAUACUUUAUAUUUUAUCAUAUUGUCAGAAUUUCAAGUUUGCCACUAUUCUGAUAUGAAUUUGGACUACCAUGUGGCCAGCGAUCCUUUGGAGAAAAGUUGCCAUGUAUAUGUUACCUGUUAUUUAUUAACUAUUUGCGUGUUUUUUUUUAACUUGGAGUUUUCAAUUAUUCAGUUUACUUUAGUACACGUUAGGUUUGACAGACAUUGUGUCUGAUUUCUGUCACAGUUAAACUGUUCUUCAAUGGAAGAUAUAGAAAUAUGCUUAAAAAGGUGUACACUUUAUAAGAUCAAUUUUGAUAUAUUAAGUUAAUUAAAGGGUUUGAUUAUUUACUAUGAUUUUUCAAAGUAAUAGUAAAUGUUAAUUUACUAAAAAUAAAUGCAUUCUUUAAAUGUCUUUUGCCUCUGUACUAUAAAGGUUAUUUUAGUCUACACUAAAUUCAGAGUAAUUAUUUUAGGUGGAACUAAAAGUAUUGUAAAAGGCAGUAUAUUAAUGUAUAUUCUUGACGUGCAUAUUUUUGAUAAAUGAAAAUGCUGAUUAAAAAAUAUGUAAUCUAUUUUGCAGGAAAACUAGCAUAUAGAACAGAUGACACAUACGUAGAAAAUUACAGCCAACCAGAACUUAGGUUAACUAUUCUAGGAAGGAGCUCCACUUUGAGAGUAAUUGGUAUUUGAUAGGUCCAAUGGUUGACAAUUAUAAUCACUGCCAUUUUCUAGGUUUACCAAGUGUAGCCAGUUGUUCUCGCAUCUUUUCCACACUGCUUGGUCUUGGGAAUCCUUUAGGAUGAGAUUCAUUUCUUUCAUUGUAUUGAGUUCCCCCCAAUACCUCUCCUGGCACCCUGUCAUAUGCCGUCUUUCCAGGUAAAGAUGCUUAAUGUAGCUUAUUUCCUUUCACCUAAUGUUUUCCUCCAUUUUUCCUGAAAAAAAUCUAUUUUUUGCCUUCUCAGGCAUGAAAUCAUAGUGCAUUUUUCUCAUUUUCACCUGAUCUGAUUUAAAUUUUUUUUCCCUAGGACAUUUUUUAACCAUUUUCAUUACUUGCUUAAAAUCUUGCUUGUUUGAUAUAGCUUGCACUCCAAUGAAUCAACCUUUCCUUUGUAUAAUGGUACAAGCACAUUUCUUUUCUGAUCUUUAGAAAUUUUCUGUUCAGAUACCAUGAUGUCUAAGCCUUCGUCUUUUUCCUCCAUCUUACAGGACUACUUAAUUUUCUUCCUGUUCUUUGACUAAAACCUAUUUGAUAACCUGAAGGAUUGCCUUUGUAUUUUUCACCAUACUUCGAUCAGCUAUUCUCAUAUGCAAAUAGUCUCUCUUGAUUCUUACAUCUGUCAUCAAAUUCUUUCCUACACAUUGUGUUGCACACAACAAUUUUUCAUCACAUCACCAAAGUACACAAUCUUCUCACCCUCAUCUCAUGCACUCCCUCAUAACCUGUAGGAAAGCCUGUUUUUGUUACUGUUUUUUCAAGACAUUUGAUGACAAAUACAACUGGUUUUGCAUUGUGACAUUUUGUUUGUAACGGGAUAGCUGUGCUUCAAGUCAAAUAGUAUUCCACAGAUGCCAGUAGAUGUCAGUUGCUAGUUUUUGAAGCAACAAAAUGUACCACAGAUGCACUAUCAAAGAAGAUUCCUGGGACAUUUUACUCAGACUUAGACCUGCAAAUGCUAAGUAGCAUAUUGGGCAAUAAGCUUCCGACCAUUGUUUCCAGUUGUUUGUGGCAAUUUUUGGGUUCAUCCCAUGAGACAUCUAAGGCCAUCCGGUCUUAGGCGAGUGUAUUUUCGAUAUGUGGCAGGGACUUCGUGGAUGGCAUGUUGUUCCUGGUGAUGUCCAUCUCUGGGCCACUUUGGGGAUUCAGAGGAAGUGACCAGCUAGCUAAGCGUAGUCUUCUUUGGGUGACUGAUGUGAUUGUUGCACUCAUAAGCACUUCUUGGUUGGACAUAUGGUAGAUAUAUCUGACCUUCAAUAUCUGUCGGACAUAUUACUGCAGGAACACACAGAUCAUCUUCAAGGAUUUUUUCAUGUAAAUGGCCAUAAGGAUCACGAGUGAGGUGAAGUGACUCGGCUUCAUCUUAAGGGAAAUUGUUGCAGAGGACUACAUUUUCUAAAAAAAGAGUACAUUGGAAGAAACACUGCUCUAUAGUGAAUGUCUUAAAUUCUUUUCAUCCUGUGACUUGUUUUAUUCAGAUUACUUUCUCAACUUUGCAACUACCAGGUGUCAACUUUUGUUGCAGCAAGUUUUUUGUCCAAUUUUCCAAUAUUAAGAAUUGUGUUAACUUUCAUGGUUUUAUGUGUAUUGCCAUAAAACGUAAUAUUGUGAGCACUGCUUAGAAGAAAUUUUAGUGAUUUUUUUUUUUUGAGCAUAAACAUUAAUACUUGUACAGGCUUUCUUGCUGGUUCAAGAGAGAAUGGAGCGUUGUGUCAGCAGACGAAGUAAUAUUUAUCGAAGACCACUGUCAGGCCUUGCACGGAGAAUCAUGUCAGCCAUUCGAUUUGAAAGUACAGGACGGGACACUUUCUUGAGAAAGGAGCAGCAAAGUGAGUUCUUUCUGUGUAUUUGUAAGGCUGAGUCUUUGCAUUUAAUUUUAAUAGAAAUGUGUAGUAAAGAAACUAAAUGUGCCUUUAACGCUUUUCAUUUAAAGUAUUUGUAAAAAUAUUCCUAUUCCAGAAUAGCUUAAAUAUGUAUAUGGCCUAUGGUAACAUUACUUUUAAAACUCGUAAAGCUUAUCUCUUCAAAUUUUGUAUUGUUUCUUGACAGACAUCUUUAGCUGGUAAUUGCUCCCGAAUUAAAUUUAAAAUAGGUAAUGACCGAUUUUUUUCUUAUGUUCACUGAUGAAUUUCAGUGUUGCCAGUUCUAUGUUUUUUAAAAAUGCAGAUUGUAUAUUUUUACACAAUACUAAAUAUCUUAAACUCCUUUGUUAAAACUAGGUUAUCUAAAAUGUAUUGAUAGUCCUCAUUUAAUUUGAUUGUCCUCAUUUUCAAAAUUAGAACUGUCUUCACUGUUCAUAAAGUGAUAAUGCAUUUACAGUACAAAUUGCACAUCCCUGGGUCAAAUGUUAGUCAUAAAAUCAACAGAAUAAUUGAAAUCAUUAGAUAUUUUCUUAGUUCCAUCUAGCAAUUAGAAGAUUUCUUAGAGAAAUCAAUUAAAUUGUGAGUUUCCUUGCUUAACCCCUCAAGGAACUGGGGGCAAUAUGUAGGCAUACAUAUACAAGUGGACCUUUUUAUAUGUGCUUGUUUAACAUGAUCUUAAAGUUUAACUAUAGUGACUUAUGAAAAUGAACAAUUUCUCUUUCUAUUAGUGGCAUCUUUGAGUUUCCUUUGCACUUUUUAAAUCACUUUAAGCAGUGUGAAAUUUGGAAAUCUCAAAGAAUGUCUUGAAAAUGAGUAGCCUUAAACCUUAAAUAGCUUACAAAAGUGAUGCAAUAAUUUAUUUCUGAGUUGCAGUUUUUAGCCUUUUUUAAUGAUAUUUUAUUAAUACUAUCUGGAUUAUAUACAGUACCUGGAUAACUGUCUUUUUUAGACAGAAUGUGGCCUGAUAAAAUUACCUAUAUAUAAUGUCAUCCAUCAUACUUUAUUAUAGUAUUCCUUUUUGUGACAGAAAUUAAAUGUAUCAGUCUUUUCCAUAUUCUCUGGGAUACUGCACCUAGAUUUUCCAGCUACUUUCUAAUAGCCUUAGUAAUUCCGAUUUUUCUCUCAAAAGUUCAAGUUAAUCAUUAUUUCAAAUGUGUUCUUUGAAUUAUCCAUGUAGGCUGCAACUAAUGACUAUUUUGCCAUUUGAUCAAUUUAAUCAGAAGUUUUAAAAAAUCAUUUUAGUAUAAAAGUGAAAACAUUUUUUUAUUCUUAAAAAAGUGUUAUCUUUCAUAACAAUAACACUAUGUUGUAACAUUACAUUUGCCAAAAAGGUGCAUAAAAUUUUUAUUAGUAACUGUAAGGUCUAGAUAUGUACUUCUUUGAACCUUUUGUCAACAAACCUCUGCAUCAAAAAGAUUGAAGCCCUCAUUAGGCAUUGACAAAAAUUGCAUAAAGUGGGCAUGCACCAAAUUAACAACAAUUUGGACCAAAAUUUUUAAGUGCCUUUCAGACAGCCUUGGUGUCACAAUCCCUCCUAACCCAUUAAUAACUGUUUGAUGUUUUUCGAAAUGGAUAAGGACAAGCAAACUGUGAUUGCAUUCACUACACUUUUGGCACGCAGGCUGAUUUUGUUAAAUUGGAAGAAUCCUAACUCUCCUCUAAUAAGUCAGUGGGAAACCGAUGUUUUAUAUUAUUUGAAAUUGGAAAAAAUCAAAUUCUCAGUUAGGGGAUCUGUACAGAAUUUUUUCAAAACCUGGCAGGAUCUAAUCAAUAAUAUUUUAGAAUAAGAAGAAAUAAUUAUUUCCGCAUUUCUUUUCCUUCUCCAUUUAUCUUUUUUUGCCCUAUUAAACUCAACAAUUUAGGCAUGUUUACAAGCCUAAAGUUUUACUCCUUUGGCCAUGCUCUCCUUCUCAGGGGUGGGGUUUUAUUUGUUUUGAAUCCUAUUUUUUGUAAAAAUUGAUCUA